AUGGAUUGCCAGAGAGAAAAGAAGAAAGAUGAGGGAGAACUUGAGAGUGAGAAGACGAUGUUUGUUUCACAUGAUCCUUCUCUCCGACUCUCUGAGGCGGGUUGUGUAGACGAUUGUACAUCAUCAGCAGGUUUGGGUGGUGGUGGUGGUGGUGAUGCACUGAAAGGCGGCAAAUCGGGCAAUGGUGGAAAAGGUGGGAGUGGAGGAAACUCAAAUGCUGGCACUGGCGGUGGUGGAGUAAGGGGGGAAAAUGGGGGGAUUGGUGGUAGAGGUGGACGCAGAGUGAGGGGGGGAGAUGGGGGGCAGGGUGGUGGUGGUUGUGCGAUGGUGGUGAUGGUGGUAAACAACAUGAACAGGGCCAACGUGGUGAAAUAUUUGGAUUUUGGGGGUGGAGGUGAUUCAGAUGAAGGUCGUCUGCUCUGA